AUGGACGACGUUACUGACAACUCGGAUUCCCUUCACUUUACCCCACUGUAAGUCCUUCCAUUUUUUUUAUUUUCAAAAUUCCUCUUCAGUGGGGCCGGACAAGAAGUCGGUCGUUCGUGCCAUUUGCUCGAGUACAAGGGGAAACGAGUUAUGCUCGACUGCGGAGUGCAUCCCGGAUUGCACGGAGUCGACGCCCUUCCGUUCGUUGAUUUUAUCGAAAUCGCAAACAUCGACCUACUUCUCAUCACUCACUUCCAUCUCGAUCACUGCGGAGCUCUUCCGUGGCUGCUCCAGAAGACCGCUUUCCGCGGAAAAUGCUUCAUGACUCACGCCACCAAAGCCAUUUACAGAAUGCUCCUCGGCGAUUACGUGAGAGUACGUUUUGGCAGUGGAAAACAUGAUAUGAACCAGUGAAAUGUUCAGAUAUCGAAGUAUGGAGGUGCAGAUCGUAAUCAGUUGUACACGGAAGACGAUUUGGAGAAAAGUAUGGCAAAGAUUGAGACGAUCGAUUUCCGUGAGCAAAAAGAAGUGAACGGCAUCCGAUUCUGGCCAUACGUAGCCGGCCACGUGCUCGGAGCUUGUCAGUUCAUGGUCGAGAUCGCCGGUGUUCGUAUCCUUUACACCGGAGAUUUUUCGUGUCUCGAGGACAGACAUUUGUGCGCUGCUGAAAUACCGUCCAUUUCUCCGCAGGUUCUCAUCACGGUAAGCUAAUUCCCGAAAAGAUGUCUCGCACAAUCACAAUACGCACAGGAAUCCACGUAUGGAACCCAAACGCACGAGGACAGAGCAGUGAGAGAAAAGCGAUUCACUCAGAUGGUGCACGACAUUGUCACUCGCGGAGGCAGAUGUCUCAUUCCUGCAUUCGCCAUCGGACCAGCACAGGAACUGAUGCUUAUUCUCGAUGAAUACUGGGAGGCCCAUCAGGAAUUGCACGACAUUCCCGUCUACUGUAAGCGCUCUCUUGAUGCCUCGACUGAAACGGUACUUUUCAGAUGCGUCGUCCCUUGCGAAAAAGUGCAUGUCUGUCUAUCAGACUUUCGUAAACGGCAUGAACUCGCGUAUUCAAAAGCAGAUCGCCGUUAAGAAUCCGUUCAUUUUCAAGCACGUUUCCACACUCCGUGGAAUGGAUCAAUUCGAAGAUGCGGGCCCGUGCGUUGUGCUCGCCACUCCAGGAAUGUUGCAAAGUGGAUUCAGCAGAGAGCUGUUCGAGAAUUGGUGCACCGAUACGAAGAACGGAUGCAUUAUUGCCGGAUAUUGUGUGGAAGGAACACUCGCGAAGGUAUAGGACCCAAUCAGAAAUCACACCUGAGGUAUCAUUCCAGCACAUUCUGUCGGAGCCAGAGGAGAUUGUCUCGUUGAGCGGCGAGAAGCUGCCUAUGAAAAUGCAAGUGGGAUACGUGUCCUUCUCCGCCCACACAGAUUAUCAUCAAACAUCGAACUUUGUCAAAGCUCUCAAACCUCCGCACCUUGUGCUCGUGCACGGAGAACUGCACGAGAUGAGCAGACUCAAGUCGAGCAUUGAAAGGCAGUUCCAGGAUGACAACAUUCCCAUUGAGGUGAGAGGAAAUGAGCUUAGCGUGCUGAAAAUCAAGCGUAUGUAUUACAGGUGCACAACCCGCGGAACACGGAGAGACUUGAACUGCAGUUCCGCGGACAAAAGACAGCGAAAGUGGUAGGAUCGCUGGCGCAAAACAUGCCGGGCAACACCCAACUCAUCAGCGGAGUGCUCGUCAAAAACAACUUCUCUUACGCGAUUAUGAAUCCCAGUGAUCUCGGCGCCUACACUUCUCUCCGGAUCUCGACUCUCUCGCAGAAGCUUUCAGUCCAUUAUUCCGGAACUUCCCGUCUGCUUCUCUUCAAUCUGAACCAACUGAACGACGACGCUCACAUUGUGCACCAGGCGAAGAUUAAGGAUACGAGGAAAGGAAGUCCCACACAUUCCAUUCAUGUGUUCGCGGUGAGAACUUUCUUUCAGUGUCAUUCCAACCUAAGCUUUAAAUUUUCAGUCGAAAGUGAACGUAGAUCUUUACGCCAAUGACAACGUGGCGGUUGUUAGUUGGGACUCUAAUCCAGUCACUGAUAUGUACGCGGACUCGGUCGUCGCCGCCAUUAUGCACGCACAGUCGAACCCGGUGCCCGAUAAAUGUAGGUUGGAUCUUGCAGUGCAAUCGGAAUCCACAAUUUUCAGAUUUGCCUGCAUCUUCCUCGUUCCCCACAUUCACAACGGCAAUCGAGGGAAUGGUGAAACACGUGAGAUCAUACAACCCCAGUUACAACCAUUUCAGUUCCUCUUCCAUUUCAGAUCUGCGGAGAUGAUGUCUCGUUAGAACCAACUGAAAGAGGCCUCGUGGCAAGAUUCGAGGAAGAUGGUCGACGUCUUCUCGUCGAAGGAAGUUCCGACGGACAGUUCAUUGGAGGCGGUGACGAUCCGAUGGACGACCCGACCACUUCUCACCUUCUACAGAAUCUCACUGAAAAAAUGCGACAGGUAUCAGCCAAGCGUAUUCAGUUUGAUAGUCACAUUACGCUGCUGUUCAGAUUGUGACUACAAAAAAUGACGCGAACAAUGAUGAUUUGUUGGAAAUGGAGUAUUAG